CUUCGUUUCUUAUUAUUGCCACUACAAACCUACACGGACCAUUCAAGAAAACAAAAAUACUUACAUUUUUCUAUCGAUUAAAUCACGACAAUAUACACAUGCACCAUUAUAGUAUAUUGGAUCAGUUUUUUGAGAAUAUUUAACUGAUGCGAUCAACACUUAGCCUACAUAUGUUAGUUAAUUUCACUUUCAAAACACGUCACAGUCCGUAUCUAUAUAUAAACAUAGCAUUUUUGAAAUUCAACCACACACUGCAAAAAGGAACUUGAACAUUGGUUAUACUUCGAGCUAAAGUGAACUUGCAAUGAUGCUUUUUGGCCGAAGACACGAGAUAUGUCAAUUGUUGAUAGCAGUUUUACUGUGCAUGCCGGCGUUAGCAGGUCAAAGUACAUCUUCACCAAGUAUCAUGAAAACCGUGUCCUCUAAUGCUUCUAAUGCGAGCAACGAAACAACAUCGUCUUCGAAGGUAGGAUAUAUAGUUGGGUUUUCUCCGAUCGUCUACACUAACACGAUGGAAAGUAGACGCCUUCAUCUGUAAAAUGGGCUUUCCGAAAAUAGCUUUGAAAAUGGAGACUUGUUAGGGAGGAUUGUUAUGCAUGAGCGAUUUAUUAGCACAAUCACGCUCGUCUCUACACUGUCCUAGCUUAUCUUUAACCUAUCUUUCAUAUUGUAAAGAUUUUAGAUUCAACUAAAUACAAACGUACAGUAUCAUGUCCUAAUUGCUAGUUUGAACGGCAGAAAAUGUUAUUCAAACACGAACAGAUGCGUGUGGACUACUACUACACACGUAAAAACACACAAGUUGUAACAAGCCUGCAGCAGACUUGUAGGAAUGCUGUUCCAACAACUUGUCAACAGGAUGUGUUCGUACUGCUUGUUCCCAGCUUGUUGACAACUUGCCACAAGGUUGUUGAGCUCAACAGACAGACUUGUUACGAGUUGUUCCAACAACUUGUUAUCGUCCUGCAAUUCAACAAUUUGUCAACAAGUUGUGAGUGACAACCUUGUAGCAACUUGAUAAAAUAACAGCAUUGUUACAACUUGUUGACAAGCUUGCUACAAGCCUGUUGCGAACACAUCUUGUUGACAAGUUGUGAGAUUCUUACAUGUGUAAUUCAGUUAUCCGCGGUUUUCCGUGUCAUCUUACAUCAUCACGUAUGCGAUUCAAGAUCUGUCUCCAAGAGCCUGCGGAGGAGGGCAGACUUAACACUGUUUUCACAUGUAGAGGGUCCUGUCUACAUAUCUCCUCUUUUUUCGGCGUAUAAAUUCGCCAACUGCAGUGUCGGACCUUUUGGGACCAAUUUGGGUUUCCAAAUGACGAAAUGGACAGCCAUGAUGCUCUACCAACUUGAGCUACGAGGUCAAGUCAGUUCGAGUGGUUCGAAUCAAUGCUCUAGCUGAGUUGGGAGAGCAUUGGACUAGCAAACCAAAGGUCGCGGGCUCGAUUCCCUCAGCUUGCCCGGUGUGGACACGCUCAGAGAAACAUCACAAACAUAUAUUUUUGAAUUAUAUUCUUUAAAUUAUAUUCUCUUAUACAGCUAUGGUUUGAACUUACUGAGGAAGACAAGAUGAAAGUCAGAAUCGCCACUAUGUCUGUGGCGGCAGUGGGCAUACUACUCAACUUGGUUGUAAUCAUUGCCAUUGUUAUCGACCCUUUGAAAAUACUUCGAAAAGGACCAUGGAUAACCAUACUCAACCUGGCAACCGCUGACCUAAUUUCAUGCAUAUCAGCUUUCUGUUUAUGGGGAGAAACAUUUUUCAACAAAACUCAAAACGAUUUGUACUCUGCGACUGUUACUUUUGGCUGGACAUUCGGUGUUUCUGCUUCAUUCCUAUUGUUAACAUUCUUUGCUGUGCAAAUUUUCCUACUCACAAAAUUUCCACUAAAAAGUCGCUAUUGCCUCACAACGCAAAGGAUCGCAUUAGUUUGUAUAUUGCUCUGGCUCUUCGCAUGUCUGUUGGGCUUCAGCUGUAUCGUAGUGUGGCUUGAUAAACCAAAACUGGAUUACUUGAAAAUUUCCGCAGCUCAAAUAGGCGUUCUACAAAUCGCACUUGUCGUUCAAAUAGUCUUGAAUAUCCAAGUUGCGUUCGAGAUAAUUCGAAGUGGACGAAGCGCUGGCAAUCCUGAAAACGCCAAGCACAAGAAUAUCGCAAAGACUGUGAUCAUUCUUACACUGAUUCUCUUCUUUACCGCCUUUCCUUAUUUCAUCGUGCAACAAAUAGACUUUCUAGUGAGAUUGGGCUACCUUGGUCAAGGUAAAACCGCGAAGGCAUUGUUUAGCCUUUCCCGCUGCUACGUACCAAUUGCCAUCCUAAAUUUUGGGGCUAACCCAAUUCUAUAUGCCCUACGUCUACCAGAUUACAGGCAAACGUUACUCGCUUUCGUUGGUAAAAAAGAAGUCCGUUCACGAAGUUCCAGUUUGCGAAGCCAAAGAACGUCGGUAACUAAAUCUCACACCAAAGAAAUGAAGGAACAGCUUAUGUGACAACGAAAAGCACGCUUGUCCCACCCGUUACGUGGCCGGAAAAACCGGAAGUGGAAAAAAAAGUAAAAGAUGUUCUCACACAUCAUUCGGCUGCGCCUCGCCGUUGUUCAUGGCACUUGUAUUUAGAAACCACCUCUAAAACACUAACUCGGAUUUGAAAUAUUACUUCUUAUAUGUGACGUUGCGUCUGUUGAACUGGUUAAUAAUUCUUUGAGACAUAUUUUUGAAAACUUUAUUUAGCGUGAAUAACGCUGUAUUUUGGUGAAUUUAA